CAGGAAGCGGUGGAUCCGGAGGCGGCGGCGGCAGCCUGGGUGGGUGGAGGAGCUCCUCCGGCCAUGGAGAGCGCUGCUGCCCGCGAGGCCCCGGGGGCUGAGACCCCGCGCGCCCCCGUGCCCCCGCCCUCCCCGGCGGAGACCCCAGCCGAGCCCCGCGUGCGCCCGCGCCUCGUCUUCCGCACGCAGCUGGCGCACGGCAGCCCCACCGGCAAGAUCGAGGGCUUCACCAACGUCCGCGAGCUCUACGCCAAGAUCGCAGAGGCCUUCGGAAUCGCGCCCACCGAGAUCUUAUUCUGCACCCUCAACAGCCACAAGGUAGACAUGCAGAAGCUUCUGGGUGGACAGAUAGGGCUGGAGGACUUCAUCUUUGCCCAUGUGCGCGGCGAGACCAAGGAGGUAGAGGUCACCAAAACAGAAGAUGCCCUGGGACUGACCAUCACAGACAAUGGGGCUGGCUAUGCCUUCAUCAAGAGGAUCAAGGAGGGCAGCAUCAUCAACCGCAUCGAGGCAGUGUGUGUGGGCGACAGCAUCGAGGCCAUCAAUGACCACUCCAUCGUCGGCUGCCGCCACUACGAGGUGGCCAAGAUGCUCCGGGAGCUGCCCAAGUCCCAACCCUUCACCCUGCGCCUGGUGCAGCCCAAGAGAGCCUUCGAUAUGAUCGGCCAGAGGAGCAGGGGCAGCAAAUGUCCUAUGGAAGCACGAGUGGCCAGUGGGAGGGAGACCCUGCGGCUCCGCUCUGGGGGUGCUGCCACAGUGGAGGAGGCGCCCAGCGAGUUUGAGGAGGAGGCGUCCCGGAAGGUGGACGACCUGCUGGAGAGUUACAUGGGCAUUCGGGACCCAGAGCUGGGUAAGGGGCCCGGCAUGCACCAUGGUGGAGACAUCCAAGAAGACGGGCAGUGUCCGGGAGUUUGCGCGCUGUUUAGACUCCGUCUUGGGCGAGUUCGCCUUCCCGGACGAGUUUGUGGUGGAGGUGUGGGCCGCCAUCGGAGAGGCCAGGGAGGCCUGUGGCUAGUCUGCCCCGGGGCCGAGUGCAGCCCCAGCCCGCAGCCCAGCCCACUGCCCCCGCCAUCCCAGCCGGUGCCCAAAGGCCAGCCCUGCUCCAGAACCCAGUGGAGCUCAGAGGCCAGGUUCAUCUCUAGAACCCAAUCCACUUCAGAGUCCCAACCCGGCUCCACAACCCAGCCUUUCAUUAGAAUGCAGCCCAGCUCUGAAGCCAAACUGUGCUCCAGAACCCAGGCCAGCUCUGAGCUAGAACCCACCUCUAGAUACCAGCCAGGCUCAGAGACCAAAUGCAGCUCUGAGACCAAGCCUGGCUCCAGAACCCAGCUCAGCUCUGAGAUCAAGUCCUGUUCUAGGACUCAGAGCAGCACUGAGACUAAGCCUGACUCCAGAACCCAGCUCAGCUCUGACACCAAGUCUUGCUCUAGAACCCAGGCCAGCUCUGAGCUAGAACCCACCUCUAGAUACCAGCCAGGAUCAGAGACCAAAUGCAGCUCUGAGACCAAGCCUGGCUCCAGAACCCAGCUCAGCUCUGAGAUCAAGUCCUGUUCUAGGACUCAGAACAGCACUGAGACUAAGCCUGACUCCAGAACCCAGCUCAGCUCUGAUACCAAGUCUUGCUCUAGAACACAGGCCAGCUCUGAGCUAGAAUCCACCUCUAGAUACCAGCCAGGCUCGGAGACCAAACUCAGCUCUGAGACCAAGCCUGACUCUUUAAUCCAGCUCAGCUCUGAGAUCAAGCCCUGUUCUAGAACUCAGGCCAGCUCCGAGACCAAGCCUGACUCUUCAACCCAGCUCAGCUCUGACACCAAAUCUUGCUCUAGACAUCAGGACAGUUCUGAGACCAAGUCUAGCUCCAGAACCCAGCUCAGCUCUGAAACAAAAUCCUCUCCUAGAGCUCAGACCAGCAGCGAGACCAAACUCCACUCUGGAACCCAGCCCAGCUCUGAAACCAAAUCUUGCUCUAGAACACAGGCCAGCUCUGAGCUAGAACCCACCCCUAGAUACCAACCAGACUCAGAGACCGAACUCAGCUCCGAGGCCAAGCCUGACUCCAGAACCCAGCUCAUUUCUGAGAUCAAGCCCCGUUCUAGAACUCAGGCCAGCUCCGAGACCAAGACUGACUCUUCAACCCAGCUCAGCUCUGACAUCAAAUCUUGCUCUAGACAUCAGGACAGUUCUGAGACCAAGUCUAGCUCCAGAACCCAGCUCAGCUCUGAAACAAAAUCCUCUUCUAGAGCUCAGACCAGCACCGAGACCAUACUCCACUCUGGAACCCAGCUCAGCUCUGAGACAAAGCCCUGUUCUAGAACUCAGGCCAGCUCUGAGACCAAGCCUGUCUUUAGAACUCAGCUCAUUUCCAAGACCAAGUCCUCUUCUAGAAUUCAGGCCAUUUCUGCGAUUGAGGCCAGCUCUAGAAUUCAGCCAAGCCCUGACAGCAGACCAAGUUCUGGAACCCAGACAGAUUUUAAGAUUCUGCUCAGUUUGGAGAUUAAUCGCAGUUCUGGAACCCAGUCCAGCUCUCAUACUAAGUCUGGCCAUAAAACUCCACCUGUCUCUAUGACUCAAGACACCUGCAUGGCCCGGCCCUACCUGGACACUCAGGCCAGCCUGGGAGCACCACUUAGUUUUGGACCCCAGGUGAGACUCCAGAGUAAGCCCAGCCAUGGAAUUCAAACCAGCUCAGGAUUAAAGGUCAGCUCUCAGACAAAACCCCAUCCAAGAACUCAGGCCAGCCCAGAAAGCUGGCCCCAUGCUGUUGCUCAAUCCAGAACCAAACCUCAACUCUACUCUAAAACCCAUUUGCUUCCAACUACCUGCCCCCGUCCUGAGUCCAAGUCCAGCUCUGAGACUGGGCUCAGCUCUAGAACCCAGCCUACAGCUACAACGAGGCCCGUCUCCAGAAUCCAGACCAGCACCGGCACGCCCCCUGCCCCUGAGCCCAGCUCUGGAACGCGGCACUGUGCCGAGCCCCAGUCUCCCUGCAGAGCACGGUCCAGCUCUGGGACCCAGACAGACCACACAGCCUGGCCCAGCUCCAGAGCUCAACCCAGCUCCAGAACUCGGCUCAGUUCUGGAGCACAGCCCGGUUCUAAAAACCCAGCCGGCUCUGAAAUGCAGGCAGCAGCUGGGACCCAGCUGAGUUCUAGAACCCAGCUAAGUGCCAGAGUCCAGUCUAGUCCUGCUGCGACCCAGUCCAGUGCAGCCCUGGGGCUGGGCUCCAGGACCCUGUCCAGUUCUGGGAGCCUGCCAGGCUCUGGGAGCCAGCACCACCCAGGAGCUCCACCAACCUCUGGGACUCUACUGUGCUCCAAACCCCUGCCAAGCACUAGAUCCCAGCUCAAGGCCACACCCCAGGCCACCUCUGGUCCUCAGGGGGACUUAGGGAAGCAAAGCGGCUCUGGAGCACAGUCUGGCUCAGGGACUCGGGCAAGGGCAAGGGUGCAGCCCAACUCUGAACCCCCUUAGCUCCAGCACUCGCCCCGGCUCUGGAGCUCCGCUCAGCUCUGAGGACCCAGGCCGGUCCCGUCCCGGAUUCAGUUCAGCUCAAAAGCCCAGCCCAGCUUUAGAGCCGCCUCAGCGCAGAGGCCCAGCUGAGCUCCAGCCAAGGCUCCACCCACAGGCCCCUGGCCUUGACCCUGGAGUUCAGCCUGCCCAGCCCAGCCCCAGUCCCCAGGCCCAUCGCCCAAAGCCCAACUCCAGCCCCUGGGCCUCUGCCUCAGCCCAGGAUCCGGGACAUAAAACCCCCCCAGGAGCCAGCCCUUUUCCCCAAGCCCCAGUUGGGGCCCCAGAUGGCCACCAGACCCACCAUACCUGCCACUUCAAGUCCUGUCCCCAGGGUGGUCCUGUGAGUUCCCAGCCCCCUGUGCCCCUCCCCCAUGCUCAGGGAGACAGGGUCCCUCCCCCGCGAUGGGUUGCUGGGGCACGACACUCUCCUGGCUCCUGCAGCCUCCUCCUCACCUGUCCCUCCCAGCCUGCCCCGCCCCCCAUGAGGCAGGUGACCUCCUUUCCCAGCAGGUGGAGGGGGUAGAACGGGGCUUGGGUUUCAGGUGCCUGGAGGUGUAAGCGGACCCAGGCGGGAGGGGGAGGCGGCUGCUCUCCGCACCCUCAGGGCUCCUGGCAAUAAAGGCACUUGGCACCCUGCA